AUGAGUGCGGCAUAUAUCUGUGUUGGGGCGAAAUUCAUGGCCCCACUGAUUCUACUUACAGUGUUUGCCAUCUACUGGGUCCAAAGGUUUUAUCUUCGCACGUCACGGCAACUUCGCUCUUUAGAUUUGGAAUACAAGUCGCCACUAUUCACCCAGUUCACCGAGACGCUCAAUGGCCUUGUCACGAUUCGUGCUUUUGGGUGGCAACACAGCUUCCAGGAGGAAUUUACACAUUUACUUCAGCAAUCCCAACGACCUUACUAUUUCUUGUUUGUUGUUCAAUGCUGGCUGAGCUUAGUAUUGGAUCUCCUUGUUGCUGGAAUUGCGGUCAUGUUAGUUUUUUUAUCUAUCUUCGCCUCUAACAUCGGGCCCAUCGGAAUUUCGAUUAUCUCCUUGAUCACACUCAAUCAGCAGCUUGCCGAGCUCAUCAACUUUUGGAUGCUGAUGGAGACCAGUAUUGGUGCUAUCACACGCGUUCGAAUUUUUGAGAAAUUACCUACUGAAGAUUUGCCUCCGGAGAAUCAAUGCCCUCCUGUUAUGUGGCCACUUGGAGGCUCUAUAAUCUUUCAAGAUACGAGCAUGGCAUAUGAUCCAACUGCGCCUCCAAUCCUUCGACACAUCACAUUAAACAUUCCUUCGGCAUCCAAGCUCGGAAUUUGUGGACGCAAAGGGAGCGGCAAAAGUUCUCUUAUUCUCGCUCUUCUACGCAUGGUAGAGAUACAGAGUGGGAAUAUCAUCAUUGAUGGCAUCAGUGUGCAAUCCUGCCCACGCGAUACGGUUCGCAGCAAAGUUACUGUGAUACCCAAGGAGCCUGUUCUUUUCCCAGGUAAUAUCAGGGAUAACAUUACGGCAUUCAAAUCACUUGAUGACGAUAGGGUCCUACUGGCCCUGGCGAAGCUACAGCUGAAAGACCAUGUGAUGGCAAAUGGUGGCCUAGACUCGAAGAUGGACGAUCUCCCACUUUCUGCGGGUCAACGCCAACUCAUUUGUUUAGCACGGGCCAUGGUCAUGAAACAGACUAUCCUGCUUCUGGACGAGUUUACAAGCCGCGUAGACGAUAAGACUGAUCAACUGAUGCAACAGGUAAUUCGGCAGGAGUUUUCAGGAUGUACCAUUGUCGCAGGUGCACAUCGAGCUCAUACACUCUUGGACUAUGGUCGAAUUGCUGUCAUCGAUGACGGGAGGGUUGUUGAGUAUGACACUCCAGCUGCGCUACUUAGCAACCGUGAAUCACUCUUUAUGCGGCUUUGUGACGACGAAAGGUCUACUCAUUAG